AUGGCCGACACUGAAACCCUACCGGUUGGUAAGCGGAAAGCGGACCAGCCUGGCGGCGUGACUGCUGAGAAUGGCGCCGCUGACGGCGACGACGCAGAUCGCGCGGGGAAGCGGAGGCGGUGGGACAGCGGUGCAGAUGGGGUGCAGAGCGGCGCUGACGGCGGACAGAAACCCGCGGAGGGUGGCGGAGGGGGGGGUGCCGCUCCCGCUGCUGGCGGAAAGAAGGUACCGAGCGUCUCGCUGGAUGCUCUGGCCAAGGCGAAGAAGGCCCUGCAGAUGCACAAGGAGCUCAAAGAAAAGCUCAAGAAGCUUCCUCAGGUGGGUUCCCAGGUGCUUCCUCAGCUGAGCAAGGCAGCGCCACCCGCAGCCGCCGUAGUCCCCACUGCAACAGCAGCCGCCGCUGCAGCCGCCGCAGCAGCAGCGGCCGCGGCAGCAGCAGCAAAGGGGCUACCAGCGCCUGUGCCCGUGGUGGUGCCGGUGGCCGUCCCUGGCGUUGGAAUCGUGCCCAUAGUCCCGGGCGUUGCUGCUCCUCCUGGUGCCGCCAUUCCAGGAACCAUUCUUACUCCAGAUGUAGCUGCGGCAGCGGCGGCGGCUGGGGGCAGCAGCAAGGUGACGCGGGCGCCGGUGCUGCGGUUGGAUGCGAUGGGGAGGGAGAUAGACGAGCAUGGCAAUGUGGUGGAGCGGCCCAAGAUCGCCCCCGUCAGCACUCUCAAGGUGGGUGGGUGGUUCGGCAUUCUCAAGGUGGCUGUGCUGCACUCUCACAGUUCUGUGAACAUUAACAAGGUGAAGAAGGAGGCGUUCAAGAUCCUGCGCCCAGAGCUAGAGGAGGACCCGCAGGACAGCCCCUUCUUCCACCUGUGCUACUCCCUCACUCACUUCUGCCAUCUCACUCACUCUUUCCGCCUCUCCCACUCCCUUCCCCCCCCCCAGGUGAACAUUAACAAGGCGAAGAAGGAGGCGUUCAAGAUCCUGCGCCCGGAGCUAGAGGAGGACCCGCAGGACAGCCCGUUCUUUGACCCGCGCAUGGCCAGCGAGCGUCUCAAGCUGGUGCGGCUGCGCAAGGCGUCCUUCCAGUUCGUGGAGGAGGGCACCUUCGCCAGGCAGGCCGAGACCAUGCGCAUGCGGAGCCGCUUGAAGCUGGUGCGGCCGCGCAAGGCAUCCUUCCAGUUCGUGGAGGAGGGCACCUUCGCCAGGCAGGCCGAGACCAUGCACAUGCGGAUGCCUUUCAAGCAUGACCUGUGCCAUCCAUCCCUUUCCCAUCAUGAACCCCAUCCCUACUCUCGUGCCUCGUGCACGUGCUGGUGCGUGCCACUCUCUGUCCAACCCCCCUCAUCACUGCAGGCGCAGUUUGGCAUGGCGAGGCAGAUGGAGAUGGCGGCGCGGCAGAGGGCCAAGGAGAGGGAGGCGGCGGAGGGGGGGGACAACCCCAACCUCGUGGAGGUGGGGCAGCGCCCCGUGGCCCCCUCGGAGAAGCCCAAGCCGCCCAUUCCCGACGUCGAGUGGUGCUCUACCUGGCUCUUAACCCCACUGCUGCCCUUUCCCUCGUCGCACUAUCCUCCCCUCCCCUCCCCCCACAGGGACGAGCUCAUCCUGGCAUCCAACCAGUACCCCGAGAAGGGUUCUGCCGUGCCAGCAGCGCUCAAGGCAUCCAAGAUCACCAUCAACGUCCAACACCCCUACCCUGAGGAGAGCUCUGCCGUGCCAGCAGCGCUCAAGGCGUCCAAGAUCACCAUGUACGUCGAACACCCCGUGCCCAUCGAGCCGCCGGCAGAAGCCCCGCCGCCGCCACCGCAGCCACUGCGGCUGACCAAGAGCGAGCAGAAGAAGCUGCGGACGCAGCGGCGCGUGGCGCGGGAGAAGGAGCGGCAGGAGAUGGUGCGGCAGGGCCUGCUGGAGCCUCCCAAGCCCAAGGUCAAGAUGAGCAACCUCAUGCGGGUCAUGGCUGCUGAAGCCACACAGGACCCCACGAAAAUGGAGAAGGAGGUGCGUGCUGCGGCGGCAGAGAGAGAGCAGGCUCAUGUGGACCGGAAUCUUGCGAGGAAACUGACCCCGGCGGAGCGGAGGGAGAAGAAGGAGAGGAAGCUGUUUGAGGAGACACUAGGGGGAGGGGUGGGUGGCGGGGGUGAGACGCACGUGGCGGUGUUUAAAGUGCGGCAUCUGCUGCACCCGCAGACGCGGUUCAAGGUGGAUGUGAACGCGCAGGAGAAUCGGCUCACUGGGUGUGCGUUACUGGCUGAUUCGUUUGUGUUGGUGGUGGUGGAAGGCGUGAGCAAGUCGGUUAAGAGGUACUUGAAGCUGAUGAUGAGGAGGAUUCACUGGGCGGAUGCUGUCGCUCCUGGUGCGGCUGGGGAGGAGGAUGAGAGUAUGGGGGAGUUGGGGGUGAAAAAGGAGAACAAGUGUGAGUUGGUGUGGCAGGGUACAGUGGCCCGGGCCGCGUUUGAGAAAUUCACAGUGGAGCAGUGUCGCUCAAGCGCUGCUGCGAGGAAGUUUCUGGAGGAUCGCAAGGUUGCACAUUUUUGGGACUUGGCGGAGAAUUUAUGUGAAGACUGA